AUGCUGUACACUCUAGCUACUGGGGGCACACUAUGUGGUGUGGCUGCCCUAGUGCUUCUGAUUGUUUCCACGGCGACUGACUUUUGGAUGCAGUAUCGCUACUCGGGUAAUUCAGCCAAUCAGGGACUCUGGAGGUUCUGUAUCAAUCGCAAGUGCCAUGCCCAUACUCUUACUGUGGCUUUUUGGGAUGCCACGCGUGCCUUUAUGCUGCUGUCAGUUCUAAGCUGCUUGGUUGGAGUGGUGCUAGGUCUCAGUGCCUUCUCUAACAGAACCAAAUCCAGGAGAGUGAGGACAGGAGGGAUUGCACUGCUCUUAUCUGGAUUCCUUGCACUGCUUGCUUUGGCAAUCUACACUGGGGUCACAGUCAAUUUCUUUGGCAAGCGAUAUAUUGACUGGCGCUUCUCCUGGUCCUACAUCUUGGGCUGGUUGGGUAUAUUACUGGCGCUGGCAGCUGGUGUCCUCCAUCUCUGUGCCUUUCAAAGGAAUACUGCCGAACCAGCACCUCCAAACGUCUCCGACAGUUGA